UACUUUCAAUAUAUAAUUCUCACGAGGUCAAUUCAAUAACGGGCUGAGGUAUUCCGUUUUACAACUGGUUGCUGAAAUCAAAUCAAAGGGGACGUUGGACCCUUCGUCUUCUUCUCCACUCUCCAGAAAACCCCACGAAGAGAAAACAAGAAUGGAUCUCUGCUGAAGUUAUUGGAUUGUAAUUUUCAUUGGUUAAAUUAAUUUGGGCAGUGAAGUUGCAGAUUUCCUGGAGAUAUGGCGUUGCCUGCAAAAGGUGAAUUUUGUCGGGUUUUGCAAAAGAAAGCAGAGAAGUUUGAGUUGAAGAAAUCACAGGGUCCUGCAGUAACAAAGGAACGUGUAUCUGCUCUUGAGCAACUUCUUCAAGAUGUUUAUGCCAUUCGGCGCCCAAAACUGAGUGAUUAUGAAUCUCGAAGGGACUUAAUUCUAGUAUUUAAUGAAAUUGCAACGGAGUUAUAUGGAUAUUCAAAAGUGACUCCCGUUGUGGUGGAAUUUGGUUCUUUCUUAAUGGAUCUCUUUAGCACAACAAGUGAUUUAGAUCUCUCUGUGAAUUUUAGAUCUAAUGCAAUUGAAUUUCCGCACGAAAAGAAGAUUCAAACUCUGAGGAAGUUUGCAAAGAAACUAUAUGCUCUACAAAGUGAAGCUCUUCUUACGCAUUUUGUGAGAAAUGGUGCUUUACUUGGCUGUUCAGAAUUCUAUGGGUUCAUUUACAAAAUAGCUCCUGGUAAAGGGCAUGUUUCUGGUGUUCUUCCAAUCACAACUGCCAAGGUGCCUAUUCUGAAAGUUGUUGAUCAAGGAACAGGAGUUGAAUGUGAUAUAUCAGUUGAGAAUAGGGAUGGAAUCUUAAAAUCCCAGAUUAUCCACCUAAUUUCCUCAAUUGAUGAAAGGUUUAAAAAGCUAAGCUUCUUGAUGAAAACCUGGGCAAAAGUGCAGAACAUUAACAGUUCAAAAGACAAAACCUUGAAUUCUCUCUCCAUAAUACUGUUGGUUGCUUUUCAUUUGCAGACUCGGAAGCCACCUAUAUUACCUCCAUUUUCUGCUAUAGUCAAAGAUGGUGCUGAUCCUGCAAUAGUGAAGAAGUCACUAUCUAAUUUUGUAGACUAUGGAAAAAGUAAUAAAGAAUCAUUAGCUGAGCUCUUUGUGACUCUGCUAAUCAAGUUAUCUUCUGUCGAAAAUCUGUGGCCCAAAGGUCUCUGUGCAAGCACAUACGAAGGAUCUUGGAUGUCGAAAACAUGGAAUUCUAAAGUUGCUUGUAUCAGUGUUGAGGAUUUCAGUGAUCCAUCUCAGAAUGUUGCUAGGGCAGUAGGACAGGCACAAAUAAAACAGAUCUAUGAAUGUAUUAACCUUUCUACCCGGUAUGUCCUGUCAUUCAUGGAUGGCCAGAUUGGAGAAGUUCAAUUGAAGGAAUUUUUGUUUGGGCAUGAUGGCAUCACUACCUUAUGUCGAACAGGUACUUCAAAUUCUCACCAAAUUGCAUCAUUGCGUAGCAUUCCCUCUCAAUCGAACCAGAGAAAAAGAAACAGAAAUGGGGAAGGUGAGGAAGCAAGAAAGCAAGCUCUGCCUCUAGAUCCUAUCCCUACGAAGAGAAUAGCCUCCAUGCACGGUUGGGCAGGAAUGCCUUCAGGGAGUUGGCGACAAGUCGAGCGAGCUAUGCCAUUUGAAACUGGCUGGACGAAAAAGAUUCAGUCUACGGAAGGUUGGAGAGAGAUGCCUGAUGAUGGUUGGGAAGGUACAAAAUAUGCUAUGCCUUCUGAUCCCGGAAAUGGGCAGCAACUUAUGAGAGGUUGGGGUGGAACUCGACACUCUGUUGCAGGGCUUCAGGGUGGGGUCCAUUCCAAAGGCUGGGGUGGAACUCAAGAACCCUUUGCACGAUGUUGGGGUGGAACUAUAGAACCCAUUGCAGGAGGUUGGGGUGGGGUCCAUGCUGAAGGCUGGGGAAGAACUCAGGAACCUGUUGUAGAAAGUCGGGAUCGGGUGCAUACUGAAGGCUGGGGAGGAAUUAGGCAACCAAUUGCAGGAGGUCAGAAUUGGGUGCAUGCCGAAGGCUGCGGAGGUACUCAGCAACCCAUUGCAGGAGAUUGGGGUGAGGUGCGUGCCGAAGGCUGUGGCAGAACUCAGCGACCGAUCACAGGAAGUUGGGGUUGGGAGCGUGAAGGCAGGGGUGGAAGUUAGCAACCUAUUACAGAAGGAUGGGGUCAAAGUAUUUCCUAUAAUCCCAUUCGAACAAGAGAACCGGACUACAGGGGCUUUUAAAGGGAAUUCAUGAUUGAAAUUGCAAUCCCAAUCCUUACCUUUGCUUCUAGCUGUAGUCACCACGCAGGUAUUUAAGUGUAUACUGGUUUAGUAAAAAUUUCGUGAUUUUGCUCAAAACGUCAAGCCUCCUACAUUCUCUUAAUUGAAGGUUUGAUGAUGCAAACCUCCAAGCUGGUUAGAAAAAAUCACUUGGCUUUAAAUCAUGCGUGAAUAUGUGGAAAAAGAAAGCUUGAUCGGUGAUUAAUUGCUUAGUAUGGGGCACCUGCAAGAAAUGCUUAGAAAUGUCAAGUCUUAACCUCUUGGGGCACCUGCAAGAUAUGCAUAGAAACGUAAAGUCUUAACCUCAUCCUUGUUGGUUUACUAUCUUAUUAGGGCCAUAUUUUUGUUCAUCAUUCAUCAUCAUUUUAUUCUUGUAUGGCCACUUUGAAUGAAUUGAACCAUCUUUGUAUUACCUGGAAUUAGCCAAGAACGUCUUAUGCGCAUUGCAAAAGUGUGUUCUCUUUGUUAAUGUUUUAGAGAUGGGGAUACGACCUAUCUUUAUGACGUGCGUGUAGUUACAUUUGAAUUUACAUGUUGAUAUUCGAGACAUAGUGUUAUUUGGUUUUACUUUUCUUUGGAUUUUGCACAUUUAAACACUGCAAUCCGUAUGUAAAGCUCUGUAUAGAAAGAUUCUACCAGAAAUGAAGAAUGGACGAAAAAAUUCACUAAUUUGUUAUCA